AUGAAGCAUCAGCAAGUUGUUGUGGAUUACUGGACUAUGGUCAAAACGUCUUGCCUGUGCUUACUGUUGGCAUUUUCAGGUUAUAUCCUUAUAAAAAUGGUACAAACAGUGUUCUGGCUACCGGGACAUCUGAAAAACAAUCAAAAACGCUUGGAAGACCUAGCCAAGCAAUACGGUCAGGAUAUCGAUGAGGACGAACGCGCUGAAAUUGAGAAGAUUUUUAAUAGUGAACCUGCAACUGAAGAGCUCAAAAAGGAACAGUAGAAAUCGAACAAUCAAACAACUUGAAAUAGUUAGUUCUGU